AUGGCACGAACAAAAGUCGGUCUCGUUGGAGCGUCCGGCGAAACAGGAGCAUCGAUCCUAAACGGCCUGCUCGAAGAUGGCAGCUUCGAAAUCAUCGCCCUGGUCCGGCCCUCCUCAAUGUCCCGCCCGUCCAACGUCGCUUUGAAGGAUUCGGGCAUCGAGCUGCGCGCUCUGGACCUCGACAACGACUCCCAGGACAAGAUCGUCGCUGCUCUGGAGGGGAUAGAGAUCCUUCUCUCCGCCGUUGGCGCCCCAGGGCAGCUGUCCCAGCUCCCGCUCGCCACUGCCGCCAAAACCGCCGGUGUCAAACGCUUCGUGCCCUGCGGCUACGUCACGGUAAUUCCACCAGGUGGUGUGCACAUCCUCCGCGACCAGAAGGAAGAAGUCUACAACCUAACCAGACGCCUCAACCUCCCCUACACCUUCAUCGACUGCGGCUGGUGGUACCAGAUCUCGUUCCCCAAACUGCCGUCCGGAAAGAUCGACUACGCGGUCAUGGUCGACAACCCGAUCUGCGGCAAGGGAGACGUUCCGUCGGCGUUGACGGAUCUGCGGGACGUGGGGCGGUAUGUUGCGAAGGUCAUCCGGGAUGAAAGGACGUUGAACAAGAUGGUGCUGGUGUAUGAUGAGGUGUGGACGCAGAAGGAAGUGUGGGAUUUGCUGGAGAAGGUGGCGGGGGAGAAGGUGGAGCGGAAGUAUGUUAGUCAGGAGGAGUUGGAAGGGCGGUUGGGGGAGUAUAAGAAGGCGGCGGAGGCGGAUCCGACUGAUUUUAUGAAGAUGUUGCAUGUGGUUGAGACGCAAUAUUUGCUCAGCUGGGGCGUUCGAGGCGACAACACGCCCGAGUAUGCGAAGUAUCUUGGUUACAUCACCUCGAAAGAACUGUACCCGGACUUCAAGCCUCUCAAGCUCGAGGACUUCGCGCGAGAGCUCGUGGCCGGCGAAGCGAAGGAGAUCUAUGUGGAGAUGAAGGCGAUGAUGAAGGCGGCGUUCGAGAAGCAGCAGCAGCAGCAGUAG